GCCCCCCCGCCCCGGCCAGGGAGAUGGCGCUCAGCCCCCCCGAGCGCCGCGGCGGAGAGCGGGAGGCGGCGGGCGGCCGGGGCCGGCGGGGCGGGCAGGCGGCUGAGCCGGCGGGGCUGCCGCUCCACUCGCCCUGGACCUUCUGGCUGGACAAGUCACUUCCUGGGACGACAGCAGCUGAAUGCGCAUCAAAUUUGAAGAAGAUUUAUACAGUGCAAACAGUACAGGAUUUCUGGAGUGUCUACAACAACAUUCCUCCUGUGACAAAUCUGCCUCUGAGAUGUAGUUACCAUUUAAUGCGCGGAGAAAGGCGGCCGCUUUGGGAAGAAGAAAGCAAUGCCAAAGGAGGUAUAUGGAAAAUGAAGGUUCCUAAAGAAAGUACGGCUGCAGUUUGGAAAGAGCUGCUGUUAGCAACUAUUGGAGAGCAGUUUACAGACUGUUGUGCAGCAGAUGAUGAAGUAAUAGGGGUUAGCGUCAGCGUUCGUGACCGUGAAGAUGUUGUGCAAGUCUGGAAUGUGAAUGCCUCUUUAGCAAGUGAAGCAAAAGUUUUAGAAAAGAUACAUAAACUUCUGCCACACACAUCUUUUAAAGCGGUGUUCUAUAAAUCACACAGAGAGCAUCAUGCUUUUGAAGGCCGACGGGGAAAACAUUAAGAGCCAAGUUCAUUCAUUGUUAUUUGGUGUUUUGAGGUGGUCCGGACGAGUAGAGGGAUGGUGGAAGCCCUGUAGAAUCAUUACAUACAGUGGCCUGUUUGGGUUUCAAACCGGGAAAAGGAGGAAAACCAAGUGCCUUGACCGCUAAAUAUGCAAUUCAUUACUUCUGGUUUGGUUGUUGGGUUUCUUUUGUGGUUGUUUUUUGCUUUUUUUUUUUUUUUUAAAUUUUUCACUGUUUCUUUAAAAAGAUAUUUUGGCCACUUGUGGGUUUUUUUUUUUCAAUCAGUUUGUAUUUAUUCCUGUUUCAUUAAGAUAGAAGGCUUUCAUUUCUUCUGUACUGUACUUAGUUAAACGCAAACGUGCACAGAGAUGGUAUGCUGCUUUUCCUAGAUGUGCUGUACAUAGAGGAAUACUGGCUUGGUGAAACGUGUUUUCAAUCUUCAUUUUAAAACAUUCCUAUCACGUUAAGAUUUACUCACUGGUUUUGUCCCAAGAGAGAAAGAAAUUGCACUGCAUUUAUUCUAAUAUUCAAUGUAAUCUGGUCUUGCACUGACAACGGCGCACAUGCUGUAAAAGUAAAUAGUAAAGCGUUCACUAAACGAACGACUAAAGAGAACGUAUUUAUAUUGGGACUAACCCUCUGUGGGAUGAUGUUAACGAGUGUUUUAAUUGUAGUGAUUUCAAGAGCCCCUGUUCAGACUAGAAUGAGACGUCCUUCAGUAGGAAAUCCUGCAAACUCCACACCUCUCUUAAAUAAGAGGGGAUGGAUUUUUUUAAAUGUUUUUAUAUUGUAUGCUUUCUUAUGAUAUUUUUCUGUACAUUCAUGAAAAAGUGUCAUGAAUCACUUCUAAUGCAUUAGUCUAACUGGAUCCACCCCUCACAUUUCUGUGAGUAUUUCAGGCCCCCGCCUACACCCACCAAGGUCAGUAUCGGAACUGCUGUUGACUUGAGGGCAAAGGAAGAGGUCCCAUCGUAUGUAGUUUCAAGCCAUCAUGACUUCCUAAGUGACCUUGUAAAACAGCAAAACAAACAAACAAAAGAAAUCAAUUUUGUGUUGCAGCAUGAGCAUGAAUACAUAAUGUGUUAAUCUUUAAUUAUUUGUCUAUAUUAGCUCUUUGAGGUGUUGGUUUGUUUUAAUAUACUACCAAAGAUUCGUAAAGUUUCUUUUAUAAGAAGAAGUUGCAAGGUAGAGAUGAAUGUAUGGUCCACUGAGCAUUACUUCAUUGUUAAGAGGUUUUUCUUUGGCAACUGUUCAAGUUGCACUGAUUUCCACAUCUUUCGUAUAUUAAGAGGCAGCCAUGAAAAUAAAAUAAAUUUAAAAAUAAGAAUCGCACAUUAGAGUUUUUUAUGACUUCAUCUGUAUUUAUGAAUGAAAACUGUGCAGUUAAUGAGCAUUAUUAAUUAAACAAAUUUUCUAAAAUCCAAA